GCAGGAAGAGGAGUAUAACCAAUCAGACCAGAAAGAUUUGCUUAAGGGAUGUUUCGUCUGGGAGUUUAUUAGUCUUCUGUGUUACUAUUUUAAACAAACUUUUAUUUGGCUCUGGAUAUUUGAAUGGUCCCCUGAUGCAAGCCUAAGUUUUUUAUUGCACUACAAUGGAUACUUCAGAUUCUGUAGCUUCAUCUCAAAAACCAAAACAGAAAGUCAGGAAACCAAAACAGAAUAAAAAAGCAGAAAUACAAGAAGAAAAUGAGGAUGCAAGUUCUUUGGGGGAGUUAACAGAGAGUCCACAACAAGAUCUGUCCAGUGAAAUUAUUCCAUACUCUGAAACAGAAAAAUCAGGGACAGAAGGAACACCUGCAAUUGUGUGUGACAAUGGUGUCUGUCACUCAAGAUGGUGGGUUCCAAGGAUUCGGAAAGAUGAUGAAUUCUUCCAUUUUGUCAUUAUUUGUUUUGCUGUUGGAAUGUUAUUAGUCUGCUAUUAUAAAUAUAACAACUGGACAAUUUCCACUGGAAUUGGCUUGAUGACCUUUGCUGUCCUAGAAACAACAGGAAUAUAUUUUGGCCUUUGGCAACGCAUUCGAAGUAUCCUGGAAGCUUUCAUCCCCCUUGUUCAAAGACUCAGAAUGCCUGGUUUCAAAAAGCUUAACUAAGCCAGAAAUCUCAAGAGCACUGCAAAAAUCAUGUUUGGUUUCAUGACUGCAGUGACAACUGUAACAAUGUGCAAACAAUAUAAAUGUCUGGGCUAAAGAAUUGAGAUCCUAGGACUGGAGCUGAUAAGAUGGGAUGAAGAGCUUGGGCCAUCCAAACACAGCACAGACGCCAUCGACAGCUCCACAACUGUCUGAAAGGAAAUGGCCUUCAAGCAGUCCUUUACAAAGAAUGGGUUGGAGAAAUCAACUCAGGAUUUAAACCAUGGCACAUGCAUAUAAUAUAGCUAGACUUCCAGACUCUUUAGAAGCUGUUUUUAUCAUUAUUAGAGAUGCUGGUACUGCAAUAAAGUUUCUUAUCUAUCCCCAA